CACAUAACUGAUUCGUCGUCGACCUCAUCUCGCUCAUAUUCUUCCCCGUCAUGCCCUUUACCAUCAUGUUGUAAUCUACACAUGGUUUGGGUACCUACAACCACCGUCGACCGCCAUCUACUCGCUCCUACCUCUACCUGCCAACUCCAGCCAGAGUCACAGAGCCUCUACCCCCACCCCCAAGAGCCGGCCCCAACAUUGUGAACAGCCAGUAUGAUUAGCGGCCGGGGUGGUUCCAUGAUGAGAGGCCGUAUUCGCCCCCCACGACGACCUUCGACGCAAUCGACCAGUGCCAACGAGUUCGAGCAGUGUUGGGAGAAGCUUCGAGAUGCCCUCCGCGACAUACACAUGCGCAACGCCGGAAACCUUUCCUUCGAGCAGCUAUACCGGUAUUCAUAUAAGAUUGUUCUGCAGAAGGCCGGGCAGCAGUUGUACGAGAGAGUGAAGGCAUUCGAGGAACAAUGGUUCGCCGACGAGGUCAUACCCGCCAUCUGGGCACUCAUUUCCAAAAAGCUCAUCAGCGUGGCCCUCGAUGAGGUUCCCGGAGCCAGCGUCGUCGAACGCCGCGCUCUGGGGGAGAUAUUCCUAAAAGGCGUCCGCAGUUCGUGGGAGAUGCAUAACAUGUCCAUGAACAUGAUCGCCGACAUCCUAAUGUAUCUCGACCGUGGAUACACUCAGGACAACGGCCAGCCGCUGAUAUAUAUCGUCACCAUCGGCCUAUACCGCGAUCACAUCCUACGGUCAAGCCUCAAAGCGAUCGGCUCGGAUCGUCUCAUAUUCCACGUCUUUAAUGCUACCAUCAUCGAUCAGAUCAAUAUGGAGAGAGAGGGUGAUGUCAUAGAUAAGGCCCUGUUGCGUAGCUGCAUCUCUAUGCUGGAGAUUCUUUACGAGACAGACGAGGAGCUGGAGCACCAACGUCUGUAUUCGACUACGUUCGAACCCGAAUAUCUUCAUAGCAGCCGGAUCUUUUAUAAAUCCGAGUGUGAAAAGUUGCUUCGCGAGGGCGACGCGAGCGCGUGGCUCCGCCACACGCAGAGACGUCUCGCCGAGGAGGCCGAUCGAUGCCAGACUACGGUCUCCCUUCUCUCCUUACCCAAGAUCAUACAAGUGCUUGAGCAGGAACUCAUCACAACCCAUUUGGAAGAAUUCCUCAACGCCGAGGGGAGCGGUGUCAAGGCUAUGAUCGACAACGACAGGAUCGAGGAUCUCAACAUUCUCUACCAGCUCAUUACUCGUGUCGAUCCGAAAAGGGCCUCUCUACGUAACGCUCUUGCGGUACGGGUCAUUGACCUUGGGACGGAAAUUGAGAAGACUCUCAAGAACACAGAUUUCAGCGUUGCGCAGCAGGCCGACGUUGAGGAGGUCGCCGAGGGCACAGACAAGUCCAAACCCAAGGCCAUCAACGCUGCCGCUCAGCAGACAGCCGCAGCGGUCAGGUGGGUUGACGACGUUCUGGCUUUGAAGGACAAGUUUGAUCGGCUCUGGACCCAGUGUUUUGCGGAGGAUCUCAUCCUGCAAACGGCACUGACGAAAAGCUUCUCCGACUUCAUCAAUUCCUUCGAUCGAAGCUCCGAGUACGUGUCGCUAUUCAUAGACGACAACUUGAAACGCGGAAUCAAGGGCAAGACCGAGGCCGAGGUCGACGUCGUGCUCGACAAAGCCAUCACUCUCCUGAGGUAUAUCGGGGAGAAGGACAAGUUUGAACAGUACUACCAAAAGCAUCUAGCUCGUCGCCUGCUGCACGCCAAGUCUGAGAGCCAGGAGGUCGAGCAGGAGAUGAUAUCACGCAUGAAACGUGAACUUGGUAACAAUUUUACGCAGAAGUUCGAGGGCAUGUUUAGAGAUAUGCACACCUCCAGGGAGACGACCGAUCAGUAUCGAGACCACGUUCGCGGCCUCGGAGAGCUCGACGAGAAUCAGAUCGAUCUCAGCAUCAGCGUCCUCGCUGGUAACAAUUGGCCCAAAGAAAUCAUGGGCCGCAGUUCGGGUCUCGCGGACGGAUCAAAGGGCAAGACUGUUUACCCGCGUGAGAUCCAGGGACUCCAGGAUAGCUUUUUCAAAUUCUACACGAAGAACCGCAACGGCCGCGUCCUCACUUGGCUUGGAAAUCUAGGGACCGCGGAUGUCAAAUGCGUAUUUCCGAAGAUUCACGGGAAAGCCGCCGGGCCGCUCAGCAAGGAACGUCGUUACGACAUCAACGUGUCGACCUACGGCAUGAUCGUACUACUCAUGUUUAACGACGUAGCUGGAGACGAGUGGCUGUCGUUCGAAGAUAUCCAGGAGAGGACCAAUAUCCCACAACUGGACCUGAUCAACGUUCUGACGUCUCUGUCCGUGAUCAAGGCUUAUCGCGUUCUUCUCAAGGAGCCACAGACCAAAUCGGCGGCCAAACCAGGAGAUCGAUUUGCUUUUAACCGCGAGUUCUAUAGCAAGGCGAUCAAGAUCAAGGUCCCUUCGGUCAACGCGGCCAACAAAGUCGAGAAUGACGAGGAGCGCCGAGAAACAGACAAGAAGACGGAGGAGACGAGGAUGUACAUCACCGAUGCUGCCAUUGUCCGCAUCAUGAAGCAACGCAAGGAACUCGGCCACACGCAACUUGUUACAGAGGUCAUACAGGUUCUGGCCAGUCGUUUCAAGCCCGACGUGCCCCUCAUCAAGCGUCGGAUUGAAGCAUUGAUUACACGCGAGUAUAUCGACAGGAUGGAGCUUCCCGACGGUAACCCUGGUUACCAAUAUGUCGCUUAGUUCCCCCUCCUCCGUUGCAGAAACCCAGUCCCCCCCUGCUGUCAUACCUCACUGAAGUCGAAGAUGUGUUGGAGGGAAGAGACACGGAGUCUAUAUGACAAAUAAUGGCGCCCUAUUUACAGUCCACCUGAUUAGAUUUCGCU